UUUGGGAUGCCCGGGGUCAAAGCUGAAGGUCCAGAGCUGGACGUGAACCUCCCCAAGGGCGGCGUGGAGGUGUCCGGCCCCAAGGUGGACAUUGAGGCGCCGAGUUUGGACAUCCAGGGGCCCGAAAUGCACCUCAAGGCCCCCAAAAUCUCCGUGCCGGACGUGGACCUGACCCUGAACGGUGCCAAGGCCAGCGGCGACCUGGACGUGUCCGUGCCGGGUUUGAAGGGCCCCGAGCUGGACAUCAAAGGCCCCAAAGUCGAGGUUGAAGCCCCAGAUUUGAACGUCCAAGGCCCCGAGGGCAAACUGAAGUUCCCCAAGCUGAAAAUGCCCAAAUUUGGGGCCCCCAAGAUCUCCAUGCCCGACUUCGAUCUCAACCUCAAGGGCCCCAAAGUGAAGGGGGAUGUGGAUGUCUCUGCUCCCAAGCUGGAGGGUGACCUCAAGGGCCCCAAAGUUGAUGUCAACCUUCCCGACGUCGACCUGGAGUGUCCUGAGGGGAAACUGAAGGGCCCCAAGUUCAAGAUGCCCGAGAUGCACUUCAAAACCCCCAAGAUCUCCAUGCCCGACAUCGACCUCAACCUGAAAGGCCCCAAACUGAAGGGAGACGUGGACAUCUCCGCCCCCAAACUGGAAGGUGACCUGAAGGGCCCAGACGUGGACAUCAAAGGCCCCAAGGUGGACAUCGAAGCUCCCGACGUGGACAUUGAUCUCCCAGAGGGGAAGGUGAAGGGCCCCAAGUUCAAGAUGCCCGAGAUGCACUUCAAGGCCCCCAAGAUCUCCAUGCCAGACUUUGAUCUGAACCUGAAGGGCCCCAAAGUCAAAGGUGACGUUGAUGUGUCCGUGCCAAAGCUCGAAGGGGACCUGAAAGGGCCGGAGGUGUCACUUAAAGGUCCAAAAGUCGAUGUCGAGGUGCCCGACGUGGAGCUGGAAUGUCCAGAGGGGAAGAUCAAAGGCCCCAAGUUCAAGAUGCCUGAGAUGCACAUCAAGGCCCCCAAGAUCUCCAUGCCUGAUGUUGACUUCAACCUGAAAGGCCCCAAAUUGAAGGGAGAUGUCGAUGUUUCUGCUCCCAAACUCGAGGGUGACCUGAAAGCCCCAGACAUCGACAUCAAAGGCCCCAAAGUCGAUGUUGAUCUCCCCGACGUUGAGCUGGAGUGUCCCGAGGGGAAGAUCAAAGGUCCCAAGUUCAAGAUGCCCGAGAUGCACAUCAAGGCUCCCAAGAUCUCCAUGCCCGAUGUUGACUUCAACCUCAAGGGCCCAAAAGUCAAGGGUGACAUCGAUGUCUCUGUCCCCAAGCUGGAGGGUGACCUGAAGGGCCCCGAAAUCGACAUCAAGGGCCCCAAAGUGGACAUUGAAGCACCCGACGUCGACAUUCACGGCCCAGAAGGAAAAAUAAAGUUCCCCAAGUUCAAGAUGCCCAAAUUUGGGAUGCCCGGGGUCAAGGCAGAAGGCCCCGAGGUGGACGUGAACCUCCCAAAAGGAGACCUGGAUGUGUCCGGCCCCAAGGUGGAUGUUGAGAUGCCGAGUGUGGACAUUGAGGGCCCGGAGGGGAAGAUCAAAGGUCCCAAGUUCAAGAUGCCCGAGAUGCAUUUUAAGACCCCCAAGAUCUCCAUGCCCGACAUCGACCUCAACCUCAAAGGCCCCAAGGUCAAGGGUGAUGUCGAUGUUUGCCUUCCAAAAGUGGAAGGGGACCUGAAGGGCCCUGAGCUGGACAUCAAAGGCCCCAAAGUCGAUGUUGAUCUCCCCGAUGUUGAGCUGGAGGGGCCUGAGGGGAAGAUCAAAGGCCCCAAGUUCAAGAUGCCCGAGAUGCACAUCAAGGCCCCCAAGUUCUCCAUGCCCGAUGUUGACUUCAGCCUGAAGGGCCCCAAGGUCAAGGGUGACGUGGACGUGUCCCUUCCAAAGCUGGAGGGUGAACUCAAGGGGCCUGAACUGGACAUCAAGGGCCCCAAAGUGGACAUUGAUGCGCCAGACGUGGACAUUCAUGGCCCAGAAGGAAAAAUAAAGUUCCCCAAGUUCAAGAUGCCCAAAUUUGGGAUGCCUGGGGUCAAAGCAGAAGGCCCCGAUGUGGACGUGAACCUCCCAAAAGGAGAACUGGAUGUGUCCGGCCCCAAGGUGGACAUCGAAGGUCCAGAGGUGGAUGUGGAGCUGCCGGAGGGGAAGAUCAAAGGCCCCAAGUUCAAGAUGCCUGAGAUGCACAUCAAGGCCCCCAAGAUCUCCAUGCCUGAUGUUGACUUCAACCUGAAAGGCCCCAAAUUGAAGGGAGAUGUCGAUGUUUCUGCUCCCAAACUCGAGGGUGACCUGAAAGCCCCAGACAUCGACAUCAAAGGCCCCAAAGUCGAUGUUGACCUCCCCGAUGUUGAGCUGGAAGGUCCCGAGGGGAAGAUCAAAGGUCCCAAGUUCAAGAUGCCCGAGAUGCACAUCAAGGCCCCCAAGAUCUCCAUGCCCGACGUUGACUUCAGCCUGAAGGGCCCCAAGGUCAAGGGGGACAUCGACGUCUCUGUCCCAAAGCUGGAAGGUGACCUCAAGGGCCCUGAAAUCGACAUCAAGGGCCCCAAAGUUGACGUUGAGGCACCCGACGUGGACAUUCAUGGUCCAGAAGGGAAAGUUAAAAUGCCCAAAUUCAAGAUGCCCAAAUUUGGCUUUUCUGGCCCCAAAGUGGAAGGCCCCGACGUGGACAUGAACCUCCCCGAGGCCGAGGUCAACAUUUCGGGUCCAAAAGUCGACGUUUCUGUCCCCGACCUGGAGAUUGAAGGCCCCGAAGGGAAACUGAAGGGCCCCAAGUUCAAGAAGCCGGAGCUGCAGUUCAACGUCCCCAAGAUCUCCAUGCCCGACAUUGACCUGAACCUGAAGGGCCCCAAACUGAAAGGGGACCUCGAUGCUUCUCUUCCCAAGGUCGAGGGCGAGCUGAAAGGCCCCAAAGUGGACAUCAAGGGGCCGGAGCUCGAGCUGGAGGGGCCGAAGGUUGACCUCGAAGGAAAAGGUAAAAAAUCCAGGUUUAAACUUCCCAAGUUUGGCUUUUCUGGCCCCAAAGUUCAAAGCCCCGAGGUGGAUGUGAAGCUUAAAAAACCUGAGGUGGAACUGUCCGGCCCGAAAGUCGAGGUCCAGGCUCCGGAUUUGGAUAUCCACGGAAAAUCCAAGGGCUCCAAAUUCAAAAUGCCUUUUCUGAACAUUUCUUCACCCAAAGUCUCGAUGCCGGACGUGGAGCUGAACCUGAAGGGGCACAAAAUGAAGGGGGAGUUUGACCUGUCCACGCCCAAACUGGAAGGGGAGCUGAAAGGGCCUGAGGUGGACAUCAAGGGCCCCAAGGUCAACAUCGAGGCCCCCGACGUGGACAUUCACGGCCCGGAAGGGAAAAUCAAAAUGCCCAAGUUCAAAAUGCCCAAAUUUGGUGUUCCCGGGUUCAAAGGGGAGGGGCCAGAGGUGGACGUGAACCUGCCGACAGGAGAACUGGACGUGUCCGGUCCUAAAGUGGACAUUGAAGGUCCGGAGGUGGACAUUGAGGGCCCUGAGGGGAAGAUCAAAGGCCCCAAGUUCAAGAUGCCCGAGAUGAACAUCAAGGCCCCCAAGAUCUCCAUGCCCGACAUCGACCUCAACCUGAAGGGCCCCAAAGUGAAGGGAGACGUGGACGUGUCCCUGCCCCAGGUGGACCUGAAAGGACCCAAGGUGGACGUGGAAGUUCCCGACAUCGACGUUGAAGGUCCGAAAGGGAAAAUCAAAGGCCCCAAAUUUAAAAUGCCCGAGAUGAACAUCAAAGCUCCCAACCUCUCCAUGCCGGACCUGGACCUCAACCUGAAAGGCCCCAAGGUCAAAGGGGGUGUGGACAUCGAUCUGUCCGCACCAAAAAUCGAAGGGGACCUGAGCUUGCCGGACGUCGACAUCAAAGGCCCCACGGUGGACAUUGAAUGUCCAGAGGUGGACAUUGAAGGGCCAGAGGGGAAGAUCAAAGGCCCCAAGUUCAAGAUGCCCGAGAUGCACAUCAAGGCCCCCAAAAUCUCCAUGCCCGACGUCGACUUCAACCUCAAGGGCCCCAAAGUGAAGGGAGACAUCGAUGUUUCUGCCCCAAAGCUGGAGGGUGACCUGAAGGGCCCCGAAAUCGACAUCAAGGGCCCCAAAGUCGAUGUUGAUGUGCCAGACGUGGACAUUCAUGGCCCUGAGGGGAAAUUCAAGAUGCAAAAGGCCCCCAAGAUCUCCAUGCCCGACUUUGAUCUGAACCUGAAGGGCCCCAAAGUGAAGGGAGACGUGGAUGUGUCCCUGCCCAGUGUGGAAGGAGACCUGAAAGGGCCAAAAGUGGAUGUGAAAGGCCCCGAAUUUGAUGUUUCUGCCCCAGAUGUUCAAAUCGAGGGCCCCGAGGGGAAGAUCAAAGGCCCCAAGUUCAAGAUGCCUGAGAUGAACAUCAAGGCCCCCAAGAUCUCCAUGCCCGACUUCGAUCUCAACCUGAAAGGGCCCAAAUUAAAGGGAGACGUGGAUGUCUCUGUCCCCAAUGUGGAAGGAGACCUGAAAGCCCCAGACAUCGACAUCAAAGGCCCCAAAGUCGAUGUUGAUCUCCCCGAUGUUGAGCUGGAGGGGCCUGAGGGGAAGAUCAAAGGCCCCAAGUUCAAGAUGCCCGAGAUGCACAUCAAGGCUCCCAAGAUUUCAAUGCCUGAUAUUGACUUCAACCUAAAAGGCCCCAAGGUCAAGGGCGAUGUGGACGUGUCCCUUCCAAAGCUGGAGAGCGACCUGAAGGGCCCCGAAAUCGACAUCAAGGGCCCCAAAGUGGACAUUGAAGCACCCGACGUGGACAUUCACGGCCCAGAAGGAAAAAUAAAGUUCCCCAAGUUCAAGAUGCCCAAAUUUGGGAUGCCCGGGGUCAAGGCAGAAGGUCCCGAUGUGGACGUGAACCUCCCGACAGGAAACCUGGACGUGUCCGGCCCCAAGGUGGACAUUGAAUGUCCAGAUGUGGACGUGGAGCUGCCGGAGGGGAAGAUCAAAGGCCCCAAGUUCAAGAUGCCCGAGAUGCACAUCAAGGCUCCCAAGAUCUCCAUGCCCGACCUCGACCUGAACCUGAAGGGCCCCAAGGUCAAAGGUGACGUGGACGUGUCCCUGCCCAGUGUGGAAGGAGAGCUGAAAGGUCCCGAGGUCAACGUCUCCGCCCCCGACGUCAGCAUCGACAGCCCCGAGGGCAAAUUCAAGCUGCCCAAGUUCAAGAUGCCCAAAUUCUCCAUGCCUGGAUUCAAAGGGGACGGGGUGGACGCGGAGCUGACCCUCCCCAAGGGCGACGUGUCCAUUUCGGGCCCCAGCGUGGACGUGGAGGCUCCUGACCUGAGCGUGGACGGCAAAGUGAAAGGUCCCAAAUUUUCCAUGCCCGAGAUGAACAUCAAGGCCCCCAAGAUCUCCAUGCCCGACGUCGACUUCAACCUGAAGGGCCCCAAACUGAAGGGGGACGUUGAUGUCUCUGUCCCAAAGCUCGAGGGUGACCUGAAGGGCCCCGAAAUCGACAUCAAGGGGCCCAAAGUCGAUGUUGAUCUCCCCGAUGUUGAGCUGGAAGGGCCCGAGGGGAAGAUCAAAGGCCCCAAGUUCAAGAUGCCCGAGAUGCACAUCAAGGCCCCCAAGAUCUCCAUGCCCGACGUCGACUUCAACCUCAAGGGCCCCAAGGUCAAGGGGGACAUCGACGUCUCUGUCCCCAAGCUGGAGGGGAACCUGCAGUGCCCAGACGUCGACCUCAAGGGCCCCAAAGUGGACAUUCAGGCACCGGACGUGACCCUGGAAGGGCCCAAGGUCAAGAUGCCCGAGAUGCACAUCAAGACCCCCCAGAUCUCCAUGCCCGACAUCGACCUGAACCUGAAGGGCCUGAAGGUCAAAGGUGACGCUGACCUGCACUGCCCCAAGCUCGAGGGGGGUCUGAAGGGCCCCGAGGUCGACAUCAAAGGCCCCAAAGUCGACAUUGAGGGCCCGGCCGUCGAUGUUGAUGGUCUGGAGGGGAAAGUGAAGCUGCCCAAAAUGAAAAUGCCCAAAUUUGGCUUGAAGGGCGAAGGUCCCGACGUGGACGUGGACUUGCCGAAGGCCGAGGUGGAUCUGUCAGGCCCCAAGGUUGAUGUCAGCCUGCCAGAGGUCAACGUUGAAGGUCUGGAGGGCAAAGUGAAAGGUCCGAAACUGAAAAUGCCCGAAAUGCACGUGAACGUCCCCAAAAUCUCCAUGCCCGAGAUAGACUUGAACCUGAAAGGCCACAAAACCAAGGGCGGCUUUGACAUUUCCACCCCGAAGGUGGAAGGUCACCUGAAAGGCCCCGAGGUCGACCUCAAAGGCCCAGAAUUCGGGGUCAAAGGCCCUGAAGUUGAUGUUGAGUGUCCUGACCUGAACGUCGAGCUCCCAGAAGCCAACAUCAAAGCUCCCAAGUUUAAAAAGUCCAAAUUCGGGUUCGGAAUGAAAAGCCCCAAGGCGGAGCUGGAUUUACCUGAGGCGGAGCUGAACGUGGAGUCACCCGAGGCCCACCUGUCCGGGAAGGGCAAGAAGAGCAAGUUCAAGAUGCCCAAAAUCCACAUGAGCGGCCCCAAAGUGAAGGGCAAGAAGGGGGCGUUCGACGUGAACGCGGCGGGCGCCGAGCUGGACGCCGAGCUCAACGUCCCCAGCCCCGACGUCGCCGUCGGGGGCAGCGCCGCCAUGAAGUCCCCCAAAGGCAAGAAACCCAUGUUCGGGAAGAUCUCCUUCCCCGACGUCGAAUUCGACCUGAAAUCGCACAAAUUCCGCGGGGAGGCCUCGGUGGGGGUCCCGAAAGUCGAGGGCGAUCUGGAGGUCAAGGGCCCGAGCCUCAACGCGGAUCUUGAAGGUCCUGAGGUGAACCUGAAAAGCCCCAAAUUCAAACUCCCCGGGGUCCAGGUGGGCGCGGGGGAGGUGAAAAUCGGGGGGGAGCUGAAGGGCGCCCCCGGGAUCGACGUCACCGUCCCCUCGGCCGCGGCGCCGGACGUCGGCGUGAAAGGACCAAAAGUGAAAGGUGAAGUUGGCAUGGCCGGAGCACAACUGGAAGGUCCCGAGGUGAACCUGGGAUGGCCCAAGGGGGGGAAAACGGGUUUGGGGCUGGAAAUGCCGGACGUGAGCUCGGAGGUGGACGUGAAGCUCAAAGGGCCCCAAAUCUCCAGACCCGAGCUGGAGGGGAACCUGAAAGGACCAAAAUUAAAGGGAGAUUUGGACAUUUCGGGCUCUGUGGACGCGCCCGGCCUGGACCUCGGCGGCCUCGGGGGGAAGGUGAAGCUGCCCACGGUGAAGGCCCCGACGCUGGAGGUCCAGGGGGGCGUCCCCUGCUCCGUCCAGUCCCCGGGGGCCACCCUGGACCUCAAGGGGCCCUCGCUGGACGUCUCCGGCCUGGAUUUGGAUGUCAACGCGAAAGGACCAAAGUUGAAAGGAGACGUCGGCGUCAAACCCCCCCAGGUGUCGGCAGACGAGUCCGGCUUGGAAAUUUUGGGGGGCACCAUCAAGCUCCCGUCGCUGAAGCUGCCCCAGUUCAGCAUCUCCAGCCCCGGCGCGGACGGGGGGGACGCGGGGGUCGCCCUGGAGGGCCCCCAGGCCAAGGCGGGGCUGAAGGGCUCGGCUUUGGGGCUAGAAGGCCCCGAGGUGGAGCUGAAAGGGCCGAAAUUCUCCGCGCCGGACGCCGACCUGAGGCUGAAAGGACCAAACGUGGACGCGGCCGGCGACAUCAAAGGGUCAAAGGUCAGCGUGGAAGCCCCCCAUGGAGGGGUGGGCGUCCACCUGGAGGCUCCGGCCCUGGAAGUGUCCAGCUCGGGGUUGAACGUCAACGUGAAAGGGCCGAAGGUCAAAGGCGGCGCCGAGGCGACGCCGCCGUCGGUCAGCGCCGCUUCCGGAACCUUCCACGCCUCCUGCCCCAAGCUGGGCGCCGAGGGCGGCCAGGUCAAGGUGUCCUUCCCCAAGCUGCGCAUGCCCAAAUUCGUCUUCUCCGAGCCCGAGGCCAAGGGCCGCGAGGUCGGGGUGGACGUCGACUUCCCCGGCGCCGACGCGGCCGAGCCGGAGCCGGACGAGGCCGAGGCGCGGCUGAAGAAAUCCAAGCUCAAGAUGCCCAAGUUCAACUUCUCCAAGCAGAAAGGCCGGGCCGGCGCCCCGGGCUCCCCCGAGGCGGCGUCCGGCUCCGUGUCCGGCUCCAAGGGCGACCUCAAGAGCUCCAAGGCGAGCCUGGGCCCGGCCGAGGGCGAGCCGGAGGCCGAGGCGCCGGCGGCCAAGGCCAAGUUCUCGCUGUUCCGCAGCAAGAAGCCGCGGGCGCGCUCGUCGUCCUUCAGCGACGAGCACGCGGCCGAGCCCGACGGCGCCCGGCAGCCCAAGGGCAAGUUCGGGACCUUCGGGGGCAUCGGCUCCAAGGCCAAGGGCUGCUACGAGGUGACGGCCGGCCCCGAGGACGGGGGGCAGGCGCCGGGGUCCCCCAAGUCCCGCCUGUCCUCCUCGUCCUCCUCCGAGGGCGUCGCCCGCGCCGCCAUCCGCCUGCCCGGCCUGGAGCUGGCCGUGGCCAAGCGCAAGGAGCUCUGCUGGGUCAAUGGAUUUAUUGAUCUUGAAGGUCCUGAGGUGAACCUGAAAAGCCCCAAAUUCAAACUCCCCGGGGUCCAGGUGGGCGCGGGGGAGGUGAAAAUCGGGGGGGAGCUGAAGGGCGCCCCCGGGAUCGACGUCACCGUCCCCUCGGCCGCGGCGCCGGACGUCGGCGUGAAAGGACCAAAAGUGAAAGGUGAAGUUGGCAUGGCCGGAGCACAACUGGAAGGUCCCGAGGUGAACCUGGGAUGGCCCAAGGGGGGGAAAACGGGUUUGGGGCUGGAAAUGCCGGACGUGAGCUCGGAGGUGGACGUGAAGCUCAAAGGGCCCCAAAUCUCCAGACCCGAGCUGGAGGGGAACCUGAAAGGACCAAAAUUAAAGGGAGAUUUGGACAUUUCGGGCUCUGUGGACGCGCCCGGCCUGGACCUCGGCGGCCUCGGGGGCAAGGUGAAGCUGCCCACGGUGAAGGCCCCGACGCUGGAGGUCCAGGGGGGCGUCCCCUGCUCCGUCCAGUCCCCGGGGGCCACCCUGGACCUCAAGGGGCCCUCGCUGGACGUCUCCGGCCUGGAUUUGGAUGUCAACGCGAAAGGACCAAAGUUGAAAGGAGACGUCGGCGUCAAACCCCCCCAGGUGUCGGCAGACGAGUCCGGCUUGGAAAUUUUGGGGGGCACCAUCAAGCUCCCGUCGCUGAAGCUGCCCCAGUUCAGCAUCUCCAGCCCCGGCGCGGACGGGGGGGACGCGGGGGUCGCCCUGGAGGGCCCCCAGGCCAAGGCGGGGCUGAAGGGCUCGGCUUUGGGGCUAGAAGGCCCCGAGGUGGAGCUGAAAGGGCCGAAAUUCUCCGCGCCGGACGCCGACCUGAGGCUGAAAGGACCAAACGUGGACGCGGCCGGCGACAUCAAAGGGUCAAAGGUCAGCGUGGAAGCCCCCCAUGGAGGGGUGGGCGUCCACCUGGAGGCUCCGGCCCUGGAAGUGUCCAGCUCGGGGUUGAACGUCAACGUGAAAGGGCCGAAGGUCAAAGGCGGCGCCGAGGCGACGCCGCCGUCGGUCAGCGCCGCUUCCGGAACCUUCCACGCCUCCUGCCCCAAGCUGGGCGCCGAGGGCGGCCAGGUCAAGGUGUCCUUCCCCAAGCUGCGCAUGCCCAAAUUCGUCUUCUCCGAGCCCGAGGCCAAGGGCCGCGAGGUCGGGGUGGACGUCGACUUCCCCGGCGCCGACGCGGCCGAGCCGGAGCCGGACGAGGCCGAGGCGCGGCUGAAGAAAUCCAAGCUCAAGAUGCCCAAGUUCAACUUCUCCAAGCAGAAAGGCCGGGCCGGCGCCCCGGGCUCCCCCGAGGCGGCGUCCGGCUCCGUGUCCGGCUCCAAGGGCGACCUCAAGAGCUCCAAGGCGAGCCUGGGCCCGGCCGAGGGCGAGCCGGAGGCCGAGGCGCCGGCGGCCAAGGCCAAGUUCUCGCUGUUCCGCAGCAAGAAGCCGCGGGCGCGCUCGUCGUCCUUCAGCGACGAGCACGCGGCCGAGCCCGACGGCGCCCGGCAGCCCAAGGGCAAGUUCGGGACCUUCGGGGGCAUCGGCUCCAAGGCCAAGGGCUGCUACGAGGUGACGGCCGGCCCCGAGGACGGGGGGCAGGCGCCGGGGUCCCCCAAGUCCCGCCUGUCCUCCUCGUCCUCCUCCGAGGGCGUCGCCCGCGCCGCCAUCCGCCUGCCCGGCCUGGAGCUGGCCGUGGCCAAGCGCAAGGAGUGACCGCCAGGGUGGUCAGAGUGACCGCCAGGGUGGCCAGAGUGACCGCCAUGGUGGCCACAGAGUGACCGCCAGGGUGGUCAGAAUGACCGCCAGGGUGGCCACAGAGUGACCGCCAGGGGGGCUGUACAUAGGCCUGGACCGAGGGACCCCCGCGUGUACAGAGUGGGGGAGGGGUUGGGGGUCCCUCCCCCCAGUUUUGGGGUCCUCCCCCCCAAUUUUGGGGUCCCCCCCGUGCUGAGAGCUUUAACUUCUUCUCUCCCAAUUUAUCUUUUUUUUUUGAUAUUUUUAUUGGGGUUUAUUUUGUGUCCCCUGUUUUUUUUCCCCUCCUUCCCCCCCCCAAAUAUUUUCAGUGUUUGGUUCGUGGAUUUUUUUUUUGUCUUUUUGUU